CACACCGCGGCUCUCCUUCUCGACGUCUCCCUCGUUCUGCUCCCGUCCUUCGUCGACGUUCGCAACGAUCCUCUCAUCACCAUUGCUGUUCCCUCUGUUCUUGCUCAACUCUUUCAGCCAUGCCCACAACCGUCGCGUCCGUCCCAGAGCAGCCCGGAAACUCUCUCAACAAACCAUCACACCUGCGGUCCAGGAAGACUCGCAUUGUUCGGCGGCGGGGCCGUGCCAAGAUCGACGAGAGCGACGAGGAGAUCGAGCGGGAGGUGACUUCAGAUGAUGAUUCUGAUGACGACCACUCUUCUCUGGGAUCGGCUUCAGAGUCUGAAUCCCUCUCAGAGGAUGGUCAUCUCAACGGACGCUCAGAGGUUGUCACCCCAAGUACAACUCAGAGCCCUCCUCCUCUCGAUAUCGGCGGUCGUACGCCUCUUGCCGGGCCCAAGCCUACGUCUCUAGUCGGCGAUGCUGGUCCUUUUGUUGCGGCUACUGACUGGGCGGACAUGGUCACUGCUGAACAUGCCAAUGGCGCGGAGGAACUACCUGUGAUUGAUUUCGCUGACCUUGACCGGCAGCGCAUCGACCAGCACCUCAUCUCGCCCCAUUCCGCGCCGAAGAAACCUCGCAAACAAGCCAAGCGCGCGCAGCCUGACCGCGCGUCCUCAGCCCCACCCACAUCGCCUCCUACACGAGAGAUUCCGCCAGAAGAAGAGCAGGCGCCACCUGACUCGGAGCAUCCCCCACAAGAGUCUGCCCCGCCUCGACCUCGAGGGCAAACCGCUCGCCAAGCAUACCAACAGCGUCUCGAAACCGACCCAUCGUUUGUGCCGAAGGUUGGUGAAUUCUGGGGGCACGACGAUCGACUGCUCGACAAAGACCUUCGGAGCUUGAGUGGGUGGUGGAGAGGGCGCUGGCAGUCACGAGGCCGAGGCCGAGGUGCGUUCGCAACGCGCGGGAGGGGGCGGGGGUUCUUUGGUGGUCGCUCUGAUCCCGCAAGGAUUGACGAGGGCGAGCCUACCCCUGCUGAGGACGUGCCCCCAGUAGAGAAGGCGUGGACCCACGACGGCUUCGAGGAGAUGAAGCGUCGAGAUGAGAAGCGCCGGGAGAUGCAACUACAGCGUACGCAGGAACAAGAACAGCAACCAGAGCAGCAACAGUCACCGCAGGUGCGCUUUGGUCCUCAACGCGGAUUUGGCUUCCGCGGGAGAGGUGUUUUCUUCGGUGGCCGCGGUCGCGGAGGGUUCGCGCGUGGCGGCAGUGACAGUGCCUCACCGGUACAUGCGGCGUCUAACAUGCCUGCCGCCGAUCGCAUCUGGUAUGCAAUGAAACCUGAGCGCAUGUGGACAAAGCAGCACGAAGCGUUCCUCUACUUCGACACGGCUCUGAAGCCGCGUCCAGGCAUGGGACCAGGCUACCGUGUCAAGUUGCCAGGCAGCGAGGACCACGUCGUCAGAGCACCCCCGAGGCCCUACUAUCGUAGCCAGGUUGGCUUCGCCAGUCCUGUGAAUGCUUCGUCGGAGGAUGGGGACAAGACGGGAUUUGUCAUUCGCCUACCGCGUCCUGCAGGCAAGGAGAAGGCCGUGGAAGAACCUGCGCCUGUACCUGUGCCAGAGGUUGUUGCCGAGGAACCAGCGACGACAAUGGCAGAGCUCAGCAUAGAGGAGGUCUUCACUGUACGGCCGAAUUUGGUUCCAAACAGGAGGGUCGAUCUGUCGAAGUCGCAGUCGCAGCCUCCGGCGAACCAGACCCUCCCAACGUCGACAGCCGGACCUUCAUCAACAAUGGCGCCACCUCCGGGCAUACCGACCCCGCCAAAGAGGUCACUGUCGAGUCCAAGGCUCCCUUCAGCACCUUCAAUAACCGCAUCAAAUGCCCCUCGCUCUGAUCCAUUCGCCCUUCAGCCGCCGGUGGUGCGCCCAAGCAGUGCGUCGCCGAGUCCCCAGAUCAAAGAGACCGUCCUUCGUCGCGCCUCGAUAUCGACGCAAUCGUCCUCGAUUCCUGCCGUACCUGCGCCCCAAGCUGAACGCCCUGCGCCACCAGUCCUGGCCCCUCUGCAAACGAGCUUCUCGCCCGUACCUCAGACCUCCCCUCCCCCUUACGGCUCGCCCUACGCAUAUGCGCCUGCCCUCCCUCCAGGCGUGGGUCUCAACCAACACGGCAUGCCUUAUGAGCUCGCGACUGGCCGUCCGGUCUACCUCCACCAACCGACGCCUCCGCCCCCGAUGUUCACGCCACGUCCCGUGGUGUACACGCAUACUCCGCACCCUUCCAUGAGCGCCCCCUUCGUCCCUGCCCACAUGCACCACCACUCGCAUUCGGUUGCAUCGCCAGACCCUUUCGUGCAUUCGCACACGCCGCCAGUGCAGUUCAUCGACCCCUCGACUGGCGUGCCCAUCUUCACGCCUGCGCGUCAGAGCAGUCGAAUCGAGAUCCGUGCGCCGGUGGACCCGACGGAUGGGAAGAACCCUCCUGUGCGACCCUCUGGGCUGCGCGUCUCAAGCUCUGAGUCGGCGGGAGCCUCUCAAUCCGGGCUAGAGGGAGCUUUCUCUGACGCACGGUUGGAAGCCGCAGUACCAAACGGCGAUGCGCUACACGCGAACCCACUUGCCGUGCCCCAGGGAGAGCCUGCGGCAGCGAUGGCGUACUACCCGCAGCAGUACUACUAUCCCGACCCUUAUGCCUAUCCUCCGUACAUGGAGGUGUCCCCGCAGGUCAUGCCGUAUGAGGUGUACCCUUCGGACCAACGCAGUCACCACCAACCCCAGCCCCCCAUGAUCUACUACUAGUCGCUCUACUCUGCACGCUCUACACGUCGCGUUCUCCACUACUGUUCCCGUUCUUGUCCCCGAUCCUGCAAAGUGCUCUAUCAUGCUUGUGUCGCGCAUACUCCACUCCGUACUCAUCCAUACAUCGUCAGAGGUUCCUGUCUCUCAUGCCCCGUAAAUACUAUUAUACGGUCCUGGUAGUUGCUGUCAUACCCUCUAGUACUCCCCAUGUUUGUUCGCAGGCCUGCAAGCCCCCCUCAUGACGUGACGCUUAUACUUCUGUCUUCCGGUUUCUCCCUGAACUUCUGCACCUGCUCUCUGCUACUGUUGGCUUUACAUUCUUGUCGCAUCCAUGUUAAGGGUUCAAUACAUAGAUCGUUCAUUGGACGCUGAGAAA